AUGCUACUGACUGUCAAUCUCUCCUGUCCUGGGAUGGUUGGAGACAGAGUUCAUGGAAAAAGGAAUCCAGCUGCAACCAAAGCACACAUCUACAACACUUUGGUGGCUUGGUUUAUGUCCUUGGUUGGCCCAGACACACUUGAUGAUGAGGAAGCCGAGGGUGCUGGAGAGGUCCCAUUCUGGGUUGCAGGACUUCAGCAGCUGUGGACAGAGAAUGGACUGGUUUUACAUGUUUUAGCUGUGGCUCAUCACUGUUAUAAACCAAGGAAAUGGGACAUAGACAUCCAUGCACCUUUCUAUAGCCAUGUCUGUAGGUUUCUCUCUGAGACCUCACUCACUCAGAUUGCUCCCUGGCUACCUGAGCUCCAGAUCUUGCUGAACCAACAAGCCUACGCGUCACCCAUUCACCUGCCUUCCUCCUGUUUAAAUUGUUUCAUCUCUGCCACCUUCAACAAAAAGGUUAUCGAUAGGACAUUUGGUCUCACUCCAGGUUUUUACUGGCAGACUAUGGAAACUCAGGAGCGUGUUUGUAAGAGGAGAGAGACCACACAAGCACUGCACACAGAGGUAUCAGUUGCUCUGGGGUUCAGUGGCUUCUUCCUACAUCCCCUCAUAACACACUACACCCUCCAGCUUGUCGUCGACUCAGGACUCGAUGUGGUGUUCCAGUCAACCAGAGAGCUGAUGAAACCUGCCAGCCUGUCCUUGCCCUAG